GUUUUCUAAUGAUCAAUUAGCCUUUUAAAAUGAUAAACUUGGAUUAGCUAACACAACGUGCCAUUGGAGCACAGGAAGGAUGGUUGAUGAUAAUAGGCCUCUGUGUGCCUAUGUAGAUAUUCCAUAAAAAAUCGCUUGUUUCCAGCUACAAUAGUAAUUUACAAGAUUAACAAUGUCUACUCUGUAAUUCUGCUCAAGUUGAUGUUAUUUUAAUGGACAAAAUUGUGCUUUUCUUUCAAAAACAAGGACAUUUCUAAGUGACCCCAAACUUUUGGACGGCAGUGUAUGUUUACAAUGAAAUCAUUACCUAUCAUCUCUUAUCUAUUAUCUCUGUUGUGGCUAAUUGAGAAUUGUGAGAGCUAUACAUUACAUUUCUAUCUCCAAUGUUCCAAGCGUUGCACACCACUGAAUUAAUACAGCGUCCUAUGUCAUGUUUGUGUCAUGGCUCUCUAUCGCCCUCUGUAGGCCUGACUGUGUCGCACAAGAUGGAGAGGGGAAAUCUGCUGCAACACAUGCGUCACCCUUCCAAACCAACCAUAUCAGGUAUCUCAAAACUACUUGCGUGUGUCAUUCCUAUCGCUCAGAUCACCAUAGGUGCAGUGUACCUGUAUGACUGCCCCCGGCAGCACUACAUCCCCAUUUACCUGGUGGUAAUGGGGGCCACCGGCCUGGCCCUAGCCCUGCUCUCCUGCAUACCAUGUGCCCAGGACUCAGAUGACAUGGCCCCCAACCUCCUGAACCACCUCUGCACCACCUGGAGCACCCUGGCCUCCCUCUUCCUCUUCUGCUGGUUCAUCAGCGGUAACGUGUGGAUCUACUCCAUCUAUCAGCCCAAUUUCAACCAGACACUGACUGAGGACCCCUACUGCAACAAGACCCUGUACCUGUUUGCCUUCUGGACCACCACUCUAGCCUACGUUGAGCUGGGCCUUCUGCUGCUGGGGGGAUGCUGUAUGCUUGUCUGUGCCUUUAUACUGGGCAAGAGGGACCCCGAUGACAACAGAUCAUGAGGGAGAGGAUGAGAGGAGGGGAGGAGAGGAGACAACAGUACAAGACAGGAGGAGGAAGGGAGAGUAGAGGGCAGUAGAGGAGAGGGGAGAAGAGAGGAGCAGAGGAAGAUGAUAUUGGAGAGGAGGAGAGGGGAGGAGAGGGUGUAUAAUGUUUACUAAACAAACUAGAGAAAACCAAUGGAAUCCAGUUAUCAAUUGAAUAACGAAUUAUUGGUUUUAACUGUUAUUAUAUAUGACUGUGUUUCUGUAUGAGAAACGUUGUUGCAUUCAUUCUCAUUAGCUCAAUU